CGUCUCGGGUCGCUAAUUACUGAGGAAAUUGGCCCAGCGCGCUGCGGAGCUCCUCGCCCAGAGCCGGUGGCUGCCGCCCCACGCCGACGCCUCCGCUGCAGGGAUGGAGGUGAUGGACAGCUGCCAGUUCUCCCCGUCCGAGCUCUUCUAUGACAGCUCCUGCCUCUCCUCCCCGGAGGGCGAGUUCCCCGAGGAUUUUGAGCCCCGGGACCUGCCUCCCUUCGGCGCCCACGACCCCCCCGAGCCCGCCUGCUCCGAGGAAGAGGAGCACGUCCGAGCUCCCACUGGCCACCACCAGGCCGGCCACUGCCUCAUGUGGGCUUGCAAAGCCUGCAAGAGAAAAUCCACCACAAUGGACCGGCGGAAGGCGGCCACCAUGAGGGAGAGGAGGAGGCUGAAGAAAGUGAACCAGGCUUUUGAGACCCUGAAGAGAUGCACCACCGCCAACCCCAACCAAAGACUCCCCAAAGUGGAGAUCCUGAGAAACGCCAUCAGAUACAUCGAGAGCCUCCAGGAGCUCUUGAGGGAACAGGUAGAAAACUACUACCACCUGCCGGGACAGAGCUGCUCCGAACCGACCAGCCCCACUUCCAGCUGCUCCGACGGGAUGGCCGACUGCGGCAGCCCCGUCUGGUCGGCGAGAGGCAGCAGCUUCGACGCCGUCUACUGCUCCGGGAUGGCCCACGGGUAUGCCGCCGAGCAGAGCAGCGCCCUGUCCAGCCUGGAUUGCCUCUCCAGCAUCGUGGACCGGCUCUCCCCGGCCGAGGAACCGGGGCUGCCCCCCCGCGACGCCGAAUCCCUCUCGCCCAGCGCCAGCAUCGACUCGGGGCCGGGGACGCCCGGGACGCCGCCGCCCCGACGGACCUACCAGGCGCUAUGAGGGGGUCCGGGGGGGGGACCGGUACCCCGAGCCUUGUCGUUGCUUUUCUCCCCCCCCCCCCCCAAAAAAAAAAAAACUUCCCGGGG